ACGGCCUCGCCCCGGCCCGUCAGCAAAUAAGUGGGUGUGCGGCGGGGCGCCCAAGGCGGCCGCGGGUGAAAAGGCGGUCUGGGCCGGGGUGCGGAGGCGCUGCCCGCUCAGCGUUGGCGGUGGACGGCACCUGAGGCGCCGCCGCGGGAGGAACCCAGUUCCCGGGCCGAGGCUGCCCCGAGAGUGUUUUCAGUCCGUACAAACAUGGCUGCGGCCCUGCGAGCCGUGCGCACCCUGCUCCGCUAUCGGCUGGGGCACGGUGGCUCGGGGACCUGUCAGCAGUGGAGGUGCUGGUUGGGUGCAGUGGCGGCAGCAGCGGCCCCAGAAACAGCCCAGCGUGUCAAAAGCACAAAACUUCAAGUUCAACCAGAGAAAAGGAAGCCCAAAACUGGAAUAUUAAUGCUAAACAUGGGAGGCCCCGAAACCCUGGGAGAAGUUCACGACUUCCUUCUGAGGCUUUUCCUGGACCGAGACCUCAUGACGCUUCCUAUUCAAGAUAAGCUGGCACCAAUCAUCGCCAAACGCCGAACCCCAAAAAUUCAAGAGCAGUACCGCAGGAUUGGAGGCGGGUCCCCCAUCAAGAUGUGGACUUCCAAGCAAGGAGAAGGCAUGGUGAAACUGCUGGAUGAGCUGUCCCCUCAUACAGCCCCUCACAAAUACUAUAUUGGAUUUCGGUAUGUCCAUCCUUUAACAGAAGAAGCAAUUGAAGAGAUGGAGAGGGAUGGACUUGAAAGGGCAGUUGCUUUUACCCAGUAUCCACAGUACAGCUGUUCUACCACAGGCAGCAGCUUAAAUGCCAUUUACAGGCACUAUCGUGAAAUGGGAAAGAAGCCUGCGAUGACAUGGAGCACUAUCGACAGGUGGCCCACGCACCCUCUCCUCAUCCAGUGCUUUGCAGACCACAUUCUGAAAGAACUGGACCAUUUCCCACUUGAGAAGAGAAGCGAGGUGGUCAUUCUUUUUUCUGCUCACUCACUGCCAAUGUCUGUGGUCAACCGAGGGGACCCCUAUCCUCAGGAGGUGGGAGCCACAGUCCAGAGAGUCAUGGAUAAGCUGGGUUUCUCCAACCCCUACCGACUGGUUUGGCAGUCCAAGGUUGGCCCGAUGCCCUGGUUGGGUCCUCAAACAGAUGAGACCAUCAAAGGGCUUUGUGAGAGGGGGAGGAGGAACAUCCUUUUGGUUCCAAUAGCAUUUACCAGCGAUCACAUUGAAACGCUGUAUGAACUGGAUAUUGAAUACUCUCAAGUUUUAGCAAACGAGUGUGGAGUUGAACACAUCAGAAGAGCGGAGUCUCUUAAUGGAAAUCCGUUGUUCUCUAAGGCCCUGGCGCAUCUGGUGCACUCGCAUCUCCAGUCCAACGAGCGCUGCUCCACACAGUUGACCCUGAGCUGCCCGCUCUGUGUAAAUCCUGUCUGCAGAGAGACGAAAUCCUUCUUCACCAGCCAGCAGCUGUGA